AUGUUCAACCAACCCAUCCCGACCCUCGAAUUCGGCCUUCUCCUUGGCCUCUACCUCUGGGACUACACCGACGGCGAACAAGGGAGAACACUCGCGAGGCAAUACCAACCUUUUCCCUUACCGUCAAAAGAGGAUGCUCGAUACAGCCCUUCCGAUGUUUCUAUCGUUGUACCAACUAUCGACUGGGAUGAAACCCUUCCUAACAAUCUCAUAACCUGGCUUGCCAACAAUCCACGCGAGGUAAUCUUCGUUACCAUCGACCGCGAGCUAUCAAGGUUACAAAACGACCUUCAGUCUGCCCCUGGUGUCAAGGAGGCGAUGGAAGAAAGCGGAGCGGAAAUCUUUAUCUUUUCGGUACCGCAAGCCAACAAGCGAACUCAGCUAUGUCGAGGCAUUAACGAAGCAACAGGCAAUAUCAUCGCUCUCGUCGAUGACGACGCCCUAUGGACAACUCAGUAUGUACUAACAAAUCUACUUGCCCCUUUCCAGGACGACAAUAUAGGCCUUGUUGGAGGACCCAUCGACUCGCACGUACCAGAGAAACGUCAAAAUUCCAAAGUCAUCACCGGCUGGGAAGUUGCCGCUCUUAGGAUACGACAGAGGCGAGAAAAUGGCAUGGCAGCUUUCUAUGCCGCCGACGGCUCAACAAACUUCACAGUUUCAGGACUUACAAUGUUGUUGAGAGCAGAGAUAGUGAAGGAUGCUUACUUUCAAUACCUCUUCAUGAACGACAUGUGGAAUGGAAUGAGGCAGAAUACUGGCGACGAUGGGUUCAUCACACGUUACAUCCUUUACCAGCAUCACCUCACCGAUCGCUUCAGGUCUACUGUCCUACCAAAGCAAUGGAGACUUGGUAUUCAACUCAACCCCGAGGCCCGAGUCCUAACGAGUUUGAUGCGGACCAGUGCCUUCGCUCACCAGAGCAAAAGAUGGUACCGAUCUGGCCUUAGACUGCGGCUCACUUGCCUCCUAUACGAACCGGGAUACCGCAUGAUGAAAGUAACGGCGCCUUAUAUGACUCGAAAGAUGGCCGGGGGCAUGAUAACCCCCAUUUUCACUAUCGUUCGGGCAUAUCUCUGGUAUAGAUUGUGGGUGAACUUUCCUUGGUUCGCACUGGCUUUGCUUUCUUAUGUUCUGUACAAUUGGUUUUCCGGCCUUUAUGCAUUCUACCGGCGGUUCCCAUACUGUGGCUCAAAAAUAUGGGCUGCCAUGAUCGCCGACAACUUGUAUCUCAUCUCCGAUUUCUAUUCCUGGGCGACCCUAUCUACCGAGUCGUGGACUAAUAGAUCAAGUGUCUAA